AAAAUAAAGUGGUGUUCCUAACUUACCUAAGACAGGGAAUUUUUACUAGGAUUAAAUGUCAGGAAUUGUGAAAAACGGAGUUUUAAAUACAUUGGAAAUGUACAAUUGUACACUGUCCGAAUUGGACAUGCUCAAAUAUACUACAGAAAUGCCCAAUUGAAUGGCUCGUUGAACUCAGGAUGGCCGAGCAGUGAUAGACGUUCCUGAGUUUCAAGUCUUUACGUUAAGAACUGACUGAUUUAUAGAGGGUUGAAUGCAGUGUUUUUCACUAACUACAGGUUGUGAAAUCAAAACCACUUUUAGGGUGAAUUUCAACACUCCCGGUUGCUCCAGGAAGCUUAGAAUCAACACAGGUAAUCAUCAUAGUGGCCUGAUGGAUUGACAUUGAAGACAGUUUGAUUUGGCAAUCAUAACCCACGUAAACAACAGGUUGAAUUUAGGGAAGGAGGCAAUGUAUUCCUAUGGGGAGAGAUGUCAUUGCAAACUGUCAGAAGAAAACACCCUGUUUUCACUGUUAAGGGUUAAUACUACAUGGUCAAUGUUAGGUUUGCGCAGAUCGGGAGGACCUUAGGAACGUUCCUGUGGUUGAAUUGUGUUUCUAGCCUCAACGGUUCUGCCGCUGUCACCCAAAAGCACCUCAAAUUUAGGUCAGGCUUCAUUUUGCACGGUCACUGCAGUCAGACCGAGUGAGCUACGGUCAAGUGGGGCAUCUCGUUGGACUCGGCAUGGCCUAGAGACUAUGGUGAUGCCAUUUGUUUUCCUUUUUGUGAUGAUUUAAGCCUCCCCAUUUGAUGGUGAAGUUCACAUUUCCCCUUUAGGAUAUGAAGGGGACUAUUCAAUUCAAUCUUUUUAUGUUUAUCUAUAGAGAUACAGGUGACCCUGAACACGUGGCAAAAUACAUUUUGAAAAUGGCCUGCACUGAAGAAAAGUUAGAGCAUAACCUGUAAACCCAUGUUGUCCUUAGGGAGCAACUCGAAUGUGUCAGACUACAUGAACCAGCGAGCGCAGCUAGAAUAACUCUGUGGCUUAUCCAUCCCAACCUCCCCCCGAAGAGCCCAUCAAAAAUGGCAUGUCUCUGUAUGACCAGGAGGCCGCAAUAUGUCCAAAGCAUGUUAAAAUCACUACUAGUCAGGCUUCAUUCCGGGCCUACAUUCUGCAACGUCGCUGCGGUCAGGCUGAGCGAGCUUCGGGCAAGUGGCGCAUCUCCUUGAACUCGGCACGGCCUAGAGACUACGGUGAUGCAUUUUGCCAACACUUUUAGUGUUGAUUUCAGUCUGUCCAUUUGGUGAUGGUUCAUCACUGUUUAAACUUAUUGGAAACAGACAAAAGUCAGCCAUCAAGUCAGCGUCCAUCAGUCAAUAAAAUAUCAUUCUGACACCAAACUGAUACAUACUGACACCAAACCCACUUUGUCCAACUCGUUUAGAAGCCAACUAUCACAUAUUUCAGAGCCGGCUCAAAAUUCACAGUGCCUUCUGUUAAAACCAUUAAAAAAAAAUAAUUUAACACGUAGUUCUAGCUGCGGGUUCAGUUCUGACAGAGCAUAAAUGCAAUGGAAAAUUUUAAAAAAGGGGCGGAUUCUUAAGAGGUUAUUAAUGAGGGAUUUAACAUCACCAAAUGGACAGGCUGAAAUCAACACCAAUGAGCAGUGUGAACAUGCUCUUCUGCAAGUUGACAGUGUCCAUUGCCAAUGUAUAUCCAAGGACUUCCCAUUACGAAAUGGACAUGCUGAAUCAACAUCAAUGAGAAAUUCUUACUUCCUAUGAUCAAACAUGUCAACUAAACCCUCUAGGUUGAUUCAGGGCUUAACAUAGUGAUAUAUAUAAUUUAGUCAGCAUAUAUGCCAUUUGGACAUUUCUUAUGCCAUUUGGACAUGGUACACUGACUUUUUGGUUCGGAAGCCGACUUCCUAUGAUCAUAUAUUGCAAAUGGACAAAACAUAGGCCUUAUGGACAAACUCAAUAAAAUAAGACAAAUGUGUGGCCGUACGGUUACUACAUAUGUAUAAUUGACCAUAAAAUAUGAAUAAUUGGCAAAAAAAAACACACUUUUUAUGAGGUUUUAACAUUUUGAAAAAAUUGAGAUUUAGAAAAUUUCACCCUUGGGACCUGACUUUGUGACCAUUUCCCAUAUGAAAAUCUAUGGGAAUUUUGGUUUAUCACACUUGACAUUUGCAAUGUUCCCGGUUGCAGUAUGGUUUUGAUGAACUGCCGUCCAUUUGAGUGGUAUUUGUGAUUGUGUAUAUGGUUCUCCCAAUGCCAAUAAGUUGCCAUUCAUUUUUUUCCAUUUCAUGGGGGUCUUACUAACAACGAGUGUUUUGUGUUGGAGCCUAUUCCUUCCUAUUUUAAGAAAUAAUAGGUAGGCCUUCAUGUUUAGGCUAUUGGCUGCUAUAUCCAUAGAUUUGUUGGUCAAUUCCUUCACCCACCAUAAAACUAAGAGUCAAAUUGAGGAGGUAUGAUGAGAGGAUAUGCCAUACGUUUUAUUACUGAAAAUGGCAAAUGAUUUUGAAGAAUAUCAAAUGUAUCCGAUUAUAUAAAGUGAUCUAUAACAGCGCUUUGGUCUGCGAUGCUUUAUGUUAGAAACAAGCUGUAAAAUACCCAGGAAAGACGUGACUCCGAUGCAAAUGGGGAUAUCAUUGUUUCGUUUCGUUGACCUUCAGAGGCUGACUUUGCUUGGGAAGUAAUCUAAUCCUUUCACUAUCAAUUGAUUAAUCUAUUAACUUUCUGUACAGUAGAAGAUGUUUAAACCCAGACAGCUUUUAGGGAAACACUUGUGACCUUCCCUCGUUGGGUUAAGCCACGGAAGAAGAGUAGCCAGCAGUUAAAGCUUACACUUUUCUGUGUCGGUGGGUUUACUCUGUCUGGGUUAGAAAUGUAGGCCUAACUUUUGAAAGUACCAUGCUCAGAUUCCUAAUGACGUCUUGGAUGUAAUUAUUUGCAAACGGACAGUUUUGUUGCAAACAAGACAGACUGAUUUGGCAUGGGAGAAAUGUGAUAAAAUGAACACAUAGGCCUAUUUCUCUGUCCAUUCUUAGGCUGUAAUUUCGGAAAUUUGUGUGUUAUAAAAAAAGAUUCCUCUAAUAUGUCAAAUUAAUUAGAAAAUGCAUUUUUUCUACAUAUGAUGAUAGAUUAUUGCAAUGCUUUUACUAUAAAGGAGAUCUUUGCAUUCCUACUCAUGUCCACGGCGGUCUGCGUACCCACAACCUCCUGACCCGCAGCCCGGUGCACUAUCAAAAUUCCACAUUGCCAUGUAGGCUACAGGACGAAGAACAGUUUCUCAUAUCUGAGGCUCUGCCUGGUCUGUCCAAGAAGUGCGGGUAAAUGCCGUCCACUUUUGUGUUAAUUAUUAAUUUAGCUGUAGGGGAGGGUCUUCUUAUUUUUUUAAACUAUAUUUUGCUGAAGAGAGGACCAUCCAUUUUCUACAGUGGACCGAAUAACCACCGGUGAAAGCAAAUACCCCGGGUGGGCCUCUGCCAUAUUGCUGCCACUUCUCCAAUAUUUUGAAGAAUUAAGGAGAGGAGAGCUGAGGAGAAGAAAGCCCACGUCUUGAAUUUAAAGGUCUUGAACCAGAAUGUCAGGGAGUGUCUUCCUGCUCCUAUUAGCUGGGACCCUGCUCUGUGGGCUACUGUUCCACACAGUGAGCCAUAAUGAAGCUGGGGACAGGACCCGCACCAAGAGACCCAACUUCAUCAUCAUUCUGGCAGAUGAUAUUGGAUGGGGAGACCUAGGUGCCAACCAGCAGGCAGGUCAGAGUUCAAGCCAGACCCCUCAUCUGGAUCUGAUGGCCCAGCAAGGAAUGAGGUUGACAGACUUCCACUCCCCAGCCUCCACCUGCUCCCCGUCCCGUGCUGCUCUCCUCACAGGCCGACACGGCCUGCGGAACGGGGUCACACACAACUUCGCUGUGGGGUCCGUGGGGGGGCUACCCCUCUCUGAGACCACCCUGGCCGAGAUACUGCACCAGGGUGGAUACUACACAGCCAUGAUUGGUAAAUGGCAUCUAGGGCACAAUGGUCCAUACAGUCCCACCAACAGAGGUUUUGACUACUACCUGGGGAUCCCAUACAGUAAUGAUAUGGGCUGUACAGACCUGCCUGGGUACGAACUGCCCUCCUGCCCUCCCUGUUACCCUGGACCACAGAUACUACACAACAGAUUGAAGAGGAGUGGUUACAGCAGCUGUUACACCAAAGUGGCUCUGCCUCUGUUUGAGAACAGGACCAUUGUAGAGCAGCCUCUGGACCUGUGGAGGCUAACGCAGCGAUACACAUCCACUGCACUCAAUGUCAUACACACAGCCAGGGAACGGGGACAACCUUUUCUGCUCUAUGUAGCUCUGGCACACAUGCACGUCCCCCUGUCCCCCCCUUCCUACGCCCCCCACCCCUCAGAGGGCGGUGUGUACGCUGCCAGUCUGCGGGAGAUGGACGGUCUGGUGGGGGCAAUAAAGAAUGCAUCUGAUGCCUCAGACAAGGAGAACACUCUCAUCUGGUUCACUGGUGAUAAUGGCCCCUGGGAGCAAAAGUGCCAGUAUGCAGGAAGUGUGGGUCCUUUCCUGGGGAAGUGGCAGACCAGCAGAGGUGGGGGCUCUGCCAAGCGGACCACUUGGGAGGGGGGGCACAGGGUGCCCACAGUGUCCUACUGGCCUGGCAGAGUACCAGCCAACAGCACCAGCUCUGCCCUGCUCAGUGGUCUGGAUAUCUUCCCCACCCUCCUCUCCCUAGCUGGAGUGAACCCCCCAUCAGACAGACGCUAUGACGGUAUUGACGCCACAGACGUCCUCCUACACGGCAAAGAAACAGGAAAUGAGUUCCUCUUCCACCCCAACAGUGGCGCUGCAGGGAAGUAUGGGGACCUGCAGACUGUCAGACUGGGGCGCCACAAGGCCUUCUACAUCACGGGUGCGGCUGAGGCGUGUGGGGGGUCUAAAGGGAGGCAGGAGCUCCACGACCCCCCUAUGAUAUUUGACCUGUCUGGGGACAAGGGCGAGGAGACACCCCUGGACCCCACCACGGAGGAGUACAAGGAGGUGGAUGAGAGGGUGAGGAGGUGGAGGGAGGCGCUGCUCUAUGACAUUGCCACUGACCAAUCAGUGUCCACGGCCGACUACGCCACAGACCAAUCAGCAGCCCCCUGCUGUGACCCCCGGCACACAGCCUGCCGCUGCCUCACCCUGGGCUGAGGACACACACAUUCAGUGUUACACACAGUUUGACAUUCACAGAAAGCCCGACUGACACGCAGACACACACACACUUUAGUUUUAGUCCAAUAAUUGUUUGCUCUUGGAGGUAUUUGCGUGCCCAUGGGAAUGUAGAAAUCACAGACCUGUAGCUUACAUCUGGGUUAAUGUAAACAACCCCAGAGACCAACCAGAAACAUUUGCCAGAGUGAAGAAGAAAAGCAAAUAUUAGAACUAGCAUCAGCCUGUUGUGAGGAGGCCGGACUGUGGGUCAUUCUCCUGGAGGUCAGUACUGGGGAUUGACUGAGACACAUUGCUCACUGCUGCUCUGAGGGGAAACAUGGGAAGACAGCUGCUGUUGCGUAGCAAGGACAAUUUACUGUAUUAUUACCAAUAUUAAGUGUUUUCCUGUACACAGGCUUUUUGUACAGUUAUAUAACAGAGGCUUCUGGGUUGCUCUAGCACUCUCUGGUGGGGAGUAUAUGACCCUGCAAUAAGUAGGAUGAAGUUGCCAAUACACUGAUCUAAGACCAGUUUAGUUUGUCCCACGAAUAACUUCACUUUAACCCAAAAUCAAAACAUCCGAAGAACAAAAAGCACCACCCUUUGGCAAAUCAGUCACAGGAUCAUAACAAUAGGUGUGCUAUCUACAUACUAUAUGUAUAAAUGUAUAUAUAAACAAACAAUAAAAAAUCACUUUCCGCCAAAACCAAAAGAUCUAUUGAUGAAUAAUACUAAUUUCAUUUUCCAAAAGAGUAUUUAAUACAAGUCAACAUAGUUUUUUUACAAAGUAAAAACAUCUGUUAUGUCUGAAAUGUUACAAUAUUCAAUAUUAUUUUGUCAAUGGUGUUAAUAAUGAAAUCAAUUAAAUAAAAGGACCUGUACGAUCCUAUAA